CCUCACCUUUCCCUUCCUUCCCUUCCUCAAGCCUUUUAGAAAAGCGAACGUCUCGACGCCCUCGUCCGGGGAAGGAGACGCAUGCGCAACAAGCCAGUUCGAAGGCAGGCGGCAACCAAGCGAACGCGGGCGGGCGGGAAAGAAGGAAGGAGGGAGGGCGGGAGAGCGACGAGGCGCGCCUGCGCGUGCGCGUGCGCGGGAGUGCUCUGACAGGAGCCCGCGAGGGAGCGAGGCGGCGCCCAAAAGAGGGAGCCUUCGGUGGUGGGGCGAGGCGGACGCCGCCUUUCCCCUUUUAGAGUGCGCUUAUGGGGCCCUGAGGGAGGAAAAAAAAGAGGAAGGAAAGGAGAGCUGAGGGGGGGGGGAAGGAGGAAGGCAUGGAGAACCAGGGCGCCGGCGGCGGCAGCGGCGAGGAAGUGCCGGGCAAGAUGAAUCCCAAGCGGGGUGGCGUUGGAGGCGGCGGCGGCGGCGGCGGCGGCCGCUUCUCUGAGGACGAGAGUAAGAAUAAGCCUAAGCUGAACCUUCAGAUUAAAACUUUGGCAGAUGAUGUGCGUGACAGGAUAACUAGUUUUAGGAAAUCAGGCGUCAGAAAGGAGAAGCCUCUAAUUCAGCAUCCCAUUGACUCACAGACAUCUAUAAAUGAGCUGCCAGUGGCUCAACCCCUGUUUGAUGAGCGAUCAAUGAAUUUAUCAGAAAAAGAAGUUAUGGAUCUGUUUGAAAAAAUGAUGGAAGACAUGAACCUGAAUGAAGAACGAAAAGCUCCUUUACGGAAUAAAGACUUGACCACAAAACGUGAAAUGGUUGUCCAGUACAUUUCUGCAACUGCCAAAUCUAUUAUUGGAAGUAAAGUUCCGGGGGGCCUGAAAAACAGUAAACAUGAAUGCACUCUGUCAUCCCAAGAAUAUGUCCAUGAACUAAAAUCAGGCAUAUCAGAGGAGAAACUUCUCAACUGCUUAGAAUCCCUGAGAGUCUCUCUAACGAGCAAUCCAGUCAGUUGGGUUAACAAUUUUGGACAUGAAGGGCUUGGACUACUUUUGGAUGUUCUUGAAAAGCUUCUUGACAAGAGACAGCAAGAAAAUAUUGAUAAGAAGAAUCAGCAUAAACUUAUACAGUGCCUCAAAGCAUUUAUGAAUAAUAAGUAUGGACUGCAAAGAAUUCUAGGAGAUGAAAGGAGCCUUCUUUUACUUGCCCGAGCAAUUGAUCCAAAGCAACCAAAUAUGAUGACAGAAACCGUAAAAAUACUAUCUGCUAUUUGCAUUGUUGGUGAAGAAAAUGUUCUGAACAAAAUUUUAGAAGCCAUAACAAUUGCAGCUGAGAGAAAUAAUGUGGAACGGUUCUCUAAUAUUGUAGAGGGGCUUGAGAACCACGAAGCUUUGCAGUUACAGGCAGCCUGCAUGCAGUUCAUAAAUGCCCUUGUCACUUCUCCUGAAGAUCUUGAUUUUAGGAUACACUUGAGAAAUGAAUUCUUGCGCUGUGGAUUAAAGAAAGUAUUGCCACAUCUGAAAGAGAAGGAAAAUGAAGAGCUUGAUAUCCAGCUGAAAGUGUUUGAUGAAAACAAAGAAGAAGACUUAAUUGAAUUGGCCCACCGGCUUGGCGACAUCAAAGUGGAAAUGGAUGAUAUGAAUGAGGUUUACCACCUGUUGUACAAUAUGUUGAAAGAAACUGCAUCUGAAAAUUAUUUCCUAUCUAUUCUGCAACAUUUUCUACUCAUCAGAAAUGAUUAUUAUGUUCGUCCUCAGUAUUACAAGAUAAUAGAGGAAUGUGUUUCACAAAUAGUAUUGCACUGUAGUGGCAUGGAUCCUGAUUUCAAAUGUAGAGAGCGGUUGGAUGUAGACUUCAGUCAUCUCAUAGAUAACUGUAUUGACAAAGCAAAGGUGGAAGAAAGUGAGCAAAAAGCUGCAGAAUUUUCCAAAAAGUUUGAUGAAGAGUUCACAGCUCGACAGGAGGCACAAGCUGAGCUUCAAAAACGAGAAGAGAAAAUCAAAGAACUUGAAGCUGAAAUCCAGCAGUUACGAACCCAGGCACCUGGAUCUUCAGGUGGAUUACCUCCAGCAGAGAUGCCACCCCCACCGCCACCGCCACCCCCUCUUCCAGGUGGUGUAAGCUGUAAAGCUGCUGCCCCUCCUCCUCCACCACCACCACCAUUACCUGGUGGUGUGAUGCCACCACCACCACCACCUCCGUUGCCUGGAGUGUCUGUACCUCCACCUCCUCCACCACCACCUAUGUUUGGGGCAUCUAUUCCACCGCCACCACCUCCUUUUGGUGGUAUUCCUCCUUUAGGAGCUGCACCAACACUGCCUUUUGGGAUGAAGGAGAAGAAAAAAUACAACCCUGAAGUGUCUAUGAAGAGAAUCAAUUGGGCAAAGGUUGAACCACAGGAAAUAACAGAAAAUUGUUUUUGGCUAAAGGCUAAAGAAGAAAAAUUUGAAAAUCCAGAUGUAUUUGCAAAGCUAGGACUCACUUUUGCUACACAAAUGAAAGUUAAAAAGACAGUUGAUACAGAAGAAAAGAAGGGAACAGUGCCUAAGAAGAGAGCUAAAGAGUUAAGAUUGCUGGAUGGGAAGACAGCACAGAAUUUGUCUAUUUUUCUGGGAUCUUUCCGCAUGCCCUAUGAGGAAAUAAAAAAUAUUAUUAUGGAAGUAGAUGAAGAAAAACUGAGUGAAGCAUUGAUUCAAAAUCUGGUUAAGAACCUUCCUGAACAGAAGGAACUCAUUGCCUUAGCAGAGUUGAAGAAUGAAUAUGAUGAUCUUUGUGAGCCAGAACAAUUCGGAGUUGUGAUGAGCUCAGUGAAAAUGUUACGACCUCGGCUCAAUGGCAUACUUUUCAAACUUACUUUUGAAGAGCACAUAAACAACAUCAAGCCUGGCAUCAUGGCAGUAACAAUAGCUUGUGAGGAGGUGAAAAAGAGUGAAAGCUUUAGUAAGCUGUUGGAACUUGUCCUUCUGAUUGGAAACUACAUGAACUCUGGUUCAAGAAAUGCCCGGUCACUGGGGUUUAAUAUUAGCUUUCUUUGUAAGAUUAGAGAUACAAAAUCGUCAGAUCAAAAGACAACAUUGUUGCAUUUUCUGGCUGAAAUUUGUGAAGAGCGUUAUCGGGACAUCUUAAAAUUCCCAGAUGAACUUGAACAUGUGGAAAGUGCAAGCAAAGUUUCAGCUCAAAGUCUUAAGGGCAACCUUGAUUCCAUGGAACAUCAGAUACAGCGUUUGGAAAAUGAUAUUAAGAAGUUCCCCAAAAUAGAAGAUCCACAUGAUAAAUUUAUUGAGAAGAUGGUCAGCUUUGCUAAGAGUGCCAGAGAACAGUAUGAAAAACUAUCAAAUAUGCACAACAACAUGGCCAAAUUAUAUAAUAAUUUGGGGGACUACUUUUGUUUCGACCCCAAAGCUGUGAGCAUUGAAGAAUUCUUUGGAGAUCUAAGUGCAUUCCGGACUCUGUUUUUGGAAGCACUGAAGGACAACCACAAGAGAAGAGAAAUGGAGGAGAAGAUUAAGAGAGCCAAGCUUGCAAAAGAGAAAGCAGAACGUGAGAAACUGGAGCGCCAACAGAAGAAAAAGCAAUUGAUUGACAUGAAUAAAGAGGGUGAUGAGACAGGAGUGAUGGAUAAUCUUCUUGAGGCACUGCAAUCUGGGGCAGCAUUCAGGGAUCGCAGGAAACGAACACCAAGAACUCAGGAUAACAGACGAGUAACUCUAGAAAGGUCACGUUCCCGCCACAAUGGAACUAUCACAGCUGUAUGAAUCCACCCUCCCAUGCCAAAGAACUGGAAAGAUGUUUUAGUUACUAUAAAUGGAGACAUGCUGAAAAGAAUGUUUGAAGAGCAAGUAUGAUCAGAAAUGAAAUUUAAAUGAGUUCUAAGGAACAACAAGAAGAAUGUGCAUUUUUGCAGAUGUUAACUGUGACAAAAAAAGUCAAUCAACUUACUGUAUAUUACUAACAAAAUUGUUAAGAACUGUAAGCAGUGUUAAAAUAUAAGAUUAUGUCUCUACUUCACUAGUAUUACUUGAGAUUGUUAAGCCAAUAAUUAAGGCUGUACACACACUUAUAUAUGUAAAGGUGGACAAGGCAUAAGUGUAUUGUUAAAUCAAUGGCAUUGAGGGAUAAGGUCAAUGAAAGAGUUCAGGAGAUCAAUUGUAGUUCUUAUUUUGACAUGAAAGAAGAGAAAAUGGGAAACAUGCAUAUGGAUGAAUUUAGAUAUGAUUAUCAGAAAUUCCAUUUUCAAUAUACCGCACAUAAGAUACCUUUUUUUUUAAGCUUGAGAAAGCACUGUAUAUGUCCCAUCAGUUCCCUUUUCUCAAGUUUCAAUCAUGAUGGGUUCACCUAUCUUAGUUGCAGUUAUACUUUUAUCACAAAUCUACACUCAGUGGAAAAAAGAUAUAUAGCUUUUUAUCAUUGCUAAAUAAUAAUAAUAACAAUAACAAUCAUAAAGAAUAAGAACAUAGGAUUGUACCAAAGUUAAACCAUAUCACAUGCAGAAUAUGUUUUUAACUAUAUUUAAAAAUGUAUUUUCUAAUUAUGCACUUAUGUAAACUUUAUACAGAUAUUUUGAGGAAAAAUUCUUAACUAUUUUCAUGGUUCUAAAACUCCUUUACCUUUUAAGUUUUCAGAGACAUAAUCUCUUCCUAUGAAGAUAAUAAAAAAGGUACACUUGAAACAAUUGAAUGCCAAAAUUAUUUUAGCCCAUAUCAAGAUGACCCUAUUGGUAAAUUAAGAGCAAAGAGAGGGACUGCCACAUGCAUAAGCAAUACUAUCUAGCAACAGCCUUCCACAAUCUACAACCCUCUAGAUGUGUUGGACUACAGUUUCCAUUAAGUAGAAGCAGUAUGGCCAUUGGCUAUAUUGACUAGAGAUCAUGGAAGCUGUAGUCCGGCACUUCUAGAGGGUGCAAGAAUGAGGAAGCCUGCUGUAGCACAUCAUUGCCUGACUUUUUUUUUACUGAUGUCAAUUCUAUAUCAGGCCAAAGAUCAUCAACCUCAAUCAGCUGAUAUUUUAAAAGCCAAAGUCCUGUUGCAUCAAUUACACCUGCAGAAGAGUGAUUACACAAUUGGCAAGGAUAAUUUUAGGUAUUUGAUAGCUUCCUACUUGUGUCCUGCAAUUUUUCCAACUCCUAUGUCAUCACUGUUAUGUGGGAGCUGCAAGAUUGAAGGAGGGAGUCUUUAAUUUCAGAAAAUCCCCCCUGAUGGUGAUGUCACAACCCUUCUGCAGGUGUAACUGAUGUAUUGGGAUUUGGGCCUAUAUGUUUUAGAAUAGUAUAAAUUGCUCCUGCCAUGUGUGUGCGUGCUUCAGGAGGAUAGGGCACUUCCAUCAGAGGGAAUUGCUGUGGCCAAGAUGUGCAAAAAUUUACUUUAGUUCUUCCUACUAAUCAGUUUACAGGAGCCAAUUUAACAUGGCUGAUGGAGGGUACAUUUAAGUACUGCAGCAAAAGAUUCUAUUAGAGUAAUAGGAUGGAAUUGCUUUUGUAUCAGACAGUGUUUAAAACUCAGGAGAAAGCCCUCCUUGCUCAGUUUCCUCAGAAGUUUUAGAGUCGCUACCAGAUGCAGCAAGCAAGGGCCAAAAUGCUCACCUCUGGGGAAAAAAAAAUUCGUAGGUUAGGAAAAAAACAUGUCACAGAGGAAUAGGCUUCAGAAAUCUCCCCAACAGCUCAGCAUUCUUUCUGAAUCUUUCGUAGUGGAUCUCCCAAGUUCUCCAGUGUAGGGUGGGUGGGGGGGCACUGCAAGGAAGCAAAUUAGAUCAUCAGUGGUUGCUGCUCUUCCCAUUUCGCCAACAACUGCCUUCCAUUAGCAGUGGGAUGACAAUUGGGAUACAUUCACAGUUUUCCCAGCCCAGCAAAAUUAUGAGUCACAUUAUAACCUUUUGGCUGGAGAGUUCAGGUCAAGACACAUGGGGUUUCAUCUUCAUAAUAUCCUCAAAUUCUAGGAUGGACAGGAAUGGUGACUGGACCAGCUUCCCUAAUCAGGUCUUCCUCAUUUGGCGCUAAUUGUACAUUUUUCUGAUGCAAUGUGUUGUACAAUAGAAGGUUCUACAUUGACUCUACUGCAGUUUUCUUAGCCACUGUUCAUCUAAUACACCUUCAGUAAGCCAAGGUAGAUAAUCAUUGGUCCAUAAAUUCUCAUGCUUAGGCACUGAAUGGGGUGUAUUAUAAUGGAAUUACAAACCUGUGUUUUUAUUGUGCCCUUGCUACCAAUCUAAGAAAGAAUGGAGCCCGUCUGUUUGGGUAGGCUCAAACUGGGGUUCAAAGCAGCUACUUGCAGGUUCAUCCUGUCUGUGUAUGCUGCUGAAGAAUUUAAAUUCAGUAAGAAAGAAAUAACCUUAAUGGCAUUCUCAUAACCCUCCAGUGAAGUAGAGAAUAUUGCAAAAAAUUUCAAAUGGCAAAAUAUAGGUCCUUUUAGGGAGUGAGGGUGGAAAAAGGAUGCCGGCCCACUAAACAGUUUCCUUGACAUAUGAUUAGAGCAGAUGAAUCAAUACCCUGAAGUUAUUUCCCACGUUAAUAAUUUAUUAAUAGUUGCAAGAUGACUAAUAGGAUUUUUUUAAAAUUACCAAUCUAUCUAAAUAGUCUAGCUCAAGUAUUUAGAAUCAAAUUUAUUUAAUACAUAAAGCCAAAACAGUAAUUCAUUUGAAUGAGGAAAGUGUGUCUUUUCUAAUCUACAAUAUCUUGAAGACAAUGCAUUGCAAAUCAGAAAAGAGAAAUAAGUUUCAAUAAUUUAAAAAGGAAGAUGUUUGAAGAAUUUAUCAGAGCAUUAGAAAAGGGUUGGGGGUUUUUCUACCUGUAACAUUAAUUAUUGAGGGCAGUAUUUUUAUUUUUGUCAUUUCGCUUUUGAAUAACUUAAUAAUGGGCAACUGAAUAGUUUAAAAAACCAAAUUCUGUCAACAACCAAAUCCGAAAGGAACCUAAAGAUAUUCUGAUAUUUCAGUUUUACAAAUCCAGUCAUUUUCUUCCAUCUUUGGGACAUUCUAUGUAAUUUAGCAUAUAUGUUUCUUAAUAAAGAAAAAAAAGUGGGGAGUAUAUUGUAAAUACUGGGUGCUAGUAUUUAUAAAGUCUAAAAAAAUAUUUUCUAACGUUUAUGUUGGGUCACUGAAUCUUUUGAUAGCUUUUUAUUGUAUUUGAAAAUGCAGAUUUUUUUAGAAAGACACCUUGCUUUAUGGUAUUAGUAUGAUUCCUAUGCUUGUCGUAUGUUUACCUAGUGACCUAGUGAAUUUGUAAUCUGGAGGUCAUUGCACCAUUUCCUAAACUGCACUUGCCUUAUUUUAUUAUCUAAAUGGAAAUAAUUACUAAAGAAUUGCGCACAGAUACACAGAUACAGGCUCCCACCUGACAAAGGGGGCAAACUUUGGAAACUAAAUGUUGAGCCUUUUGUGACACUGAACACCACUAUUGAGCUUGCAUAUUUUAAGAAAAAAUGUAUUUCUGAUAUUGCAGAAGACAUUUGUGUGCAUUUAUAUUUUAAGUGAAGAAAAUUAAAUAUAGCAUUUGUGUUUUGUAAGUUACAUUUCUUCAAAAUGUUUGCAGAAAUUUAAAAUAAAAUGUUAGAUGUGGAAAUUGAAGCUAAAUUCUGAUACCCUGAACUAACACAUAUCCCUUAAAAUAAUUGGAGUACCAGGAAGAUCUGCAAAAUUCUAGUCAUUGCUUAAGCAUACUUCCUGCUUGAUUGCUUAGAAAAAUGUAAAGGAAAUAAAACCUUCUCCAAACAAACCCAUUUUAGGCAAAUUAUUCAUUUUUAAACAGAAUUUCUAGGGGAAAAAACCACUUUUAACAACAAGCCCCCAAAUCUCUGUUUUUUAAUAUAGUUAUUGGUGAGUGAGGAUUUCUUGUUUCUGCUAACCACUGUUUACCAGCCUGUGACAAACAUACAGAAACAUUAUAUGCUUAAAUACAUUUAAUUUAUACCUGCACGUAUAAGAGUGUUUACUACCUCAGAAUGCAAUUCAGCUUGAAAUACAUUGAUUAGACCAUGGCAGAGGAAGCUCUUUUCUCCACAUGAUCUCAUCAGUCUAAAUUCACCAUGUCUUUUUUUUUUAACAGGUAGUAUGUGGCACAGAAUCCAAAAAAUGCACAUACAGACAUGCACGCACCACCGCCAUCACCUCAGUUACUAUAAAGGAAAACAGGUUCCUGUGUAUAACAAAUUAAGGUGUGAGAGAGGCAGUCAUGGUCACCAGUGUCUCAGACGUGGCCAACAAGAGCUUAAAGGGUUUCGUUAAUUACAAGUUUUAAUAACUUCAAAUUGGAGUUUACUCGUUUGUUCAUGCAACUAGAAAGCAGGAACCAGUUCACAGGACACUUCUGCAGAUGGGAGAUUUGUCUCUCAGGCCACUUGAAGUGUCUAUAAUGUCUGAGCCAGGAGCUCAUGGAUUUUAGUACCUCACCCUACCUGCCAUCUUGGUAGCACAUUGUCCAACUGGAAAACAUUCCGCAGUCAUAAUUUGUACCUUCUGAUGCACAAGCUGUUUUGCAGAAAUGAUUUAUUCUUGAGAAUAGUCAUGUUCAGGACAUGCUGAAAUAAAAAAGCAACAUCCAAA